AUGUCUGUUGUGUCUAAGGAAGAAGGACUCUAUCUAGCCAUAGAUAGCAGUGCUUUGUUCUCCAUCAGCUACAUAACGGCUGAUGGCCCCACCACUGAAUCUACACGCUUUCUACCAUCACCACUGCUGUGCUACGCUGAGGCUAGAGAGCGGCUUCGUGCAAAGCAAGAACGAGUGCCUUUCCACGAAGAAGAUGCCGAGCGGUUUAAGGAGACUGCGUACUUCGAUCUCGGCUUGUAUGACACUUUCUGGACGAGCUCCUUACCGUCAUUUGAGGAUCAUGAUCGACCAAAAGGGGAGGUGGAAGCCUUGGGAGGCUUACGCCCGCAGACUAUAGUCAUUUGCUGGGACCGCCGACUAUUGGAAUUUGAUGUGUGGGAAGGAGAGAUGGAGAUGUUAGGGUGUACCAUGAGCUACAAUGAGGUGGUUGGGGUCAUGGAGAAGGUAACGGGAAGGAAGAUAUUGGUGAAGGAAAGCAACAAGGAAGAGUUGAAGGAGAUGAUCAGGGAGGAUGAAGGAGCGAGGUUCUACAACCAGGCGAGGCUGAGCAUUGCUCAGGGUGAUGCAAAAGUGGAACCGACUCUGAAUAAGCUCGCCCCGGACGUGAAACCCUGGACAGUUGAGGAGUACCUGGAAAAGCAUUGGAGCGGCGUGGAGAUUGGAGAAGCUGUUGAGGCGAAGGGCAACAUCCUCACGUAA